CAAAACAUUCGACAGCUGCAUCAUGGCUGAAUCACCAGAGUUUAAUUAAAGAACUAUUUUCUAUGUUCGUGUUUGGCAAUUGGUUUGGCCGACCAGCUGAUUGCCUUGCGUUCGCCUUCGUGUUGUGGUGUAGUCUUAUUAGCAUUUCUACUGCGACAGACGAUUUGACAGCCGCCGUAUCCAAGCUGCGUGGUUUUAGUGGCGACCGAAGCCGUAAAAUUAUGGUUUGCGGGGCCAACACGCGAUAUUCUAGUUCACUGUAGUAUCGGAGAGGCGUACGACGCGGACUGAAUCAUGCUAUCGUAUGCACUCCGCAACACUCCUACUUGUACGGAGUAUUUGUGCGCGAGCGUGGGAAAAAGUUAAAACGCAGCUUCUCAUAUAGCACGUUAUAUCGGCUAGAUCAAGUGACGAUGACGCCAGACUCGAACAGAUGCGAAAGGAUACGUAGUCUAGCGGCGUUUCUGCGGGAACACGGAGACGUGGUGCUGAACGGAACCAGAAGGCUCACGUUAACCACAUCGUGCCUGAACGAGCUGAACUAUGUUUUCCGUCAGUUCUUGGGAGCACAAGAGAACGAUUCUUUCGACGUGCCCUUCGGAUGCGGCGCUAACUCGGACUUCAUCUAUGACGUCUUUUUUCUGCAUGACUUCAUGCAGAAGACUUCCUCUCUGAAGAUCGUUCAGAGUUCUCAAACCAUACAGGGCAGCCUCGACUUGUCCAAGUUUCACAGUCUGAAAAUUCUUGAACUGAAGAGAGUUCCACCCCAUCUUCUCGUUGGCUUCGACUAUUUAGUGCUUCAAGUGGAAACGUUGAUCUGUCAGAGGAACAUCUCGUCAUUGAAGGAAAUUCUCCGAAGUCGCAACAAAGUGCCUCAGCCAUGGGUGAAAAUCAAGGUGGCCAACUUCAGCUACAAUGGCAUCACUGUUCUGGAUGACAGUCUGGCAUUGGUUCCAAGGCUUCAAUAUUUGGACUGCAGCAACAAUGCCAUCUCUGAUGCCAAAGGCGUUGAGUUCCUUCACAACAUCAGAGUGCUCAACUUGUCAUUCAAUUUCAUCCAGAAGAUAAGCAUAUCUAAUACGGGUGCUUGUGACGCAUUGACCGUGCUUUACUUGAGGAAUAACUUCAUUGAAGACACCUCAGGUCUUGGACGUCUGAGGCAGCUGAGAGAGCUUGACCUGUCCUGCAACUGCCUCGCAGAGAGCUCCUCGCUUGCUGGCUUCAAGCAGCUCUACUCUUUGGCAAUACUGCGCCUUGUGGGCAACCCUGUCACAUUCCACCAGGAGUACCAUUCAAUAGUUGUGUGCCAUCUACACCACAAAGUAGUCACGGGAAGAUUCAGGCUGGAUGAUAAACAGCUGCCGAAAUGUUUUAUCAAGCCUACGAACACUAGGCAACGACGCGUAAGGCAGGCCGAUGCACCAGUGCCGGAUCCAGUAAUCUCUGUGCCGCCGCUCCAGCUCACGGUGGAGUCGGACGACAGCAGUAGCCUUGCGGGAGAGAUAAUAGAGCAACGGGCAGUGGCCUCCACAUCUGCAUUGACUUUGAGCAGCAAACAGAGGCUCUCCGCAUCGUUCGAACAGGACGGCAGCUCUUGCAGCAGCAUUGAAGCGAUGGACCCCGUGGCUGGCCAAAGGCCCAGGGAAGGCAGAAGAUCCAAGAAGCGUCAAUCCAGCAGGGUGGCAACCAUCUUGGACCAAGAAGGACACGUGCCUCCUGUUAAGGAAAGUGGCAACGCCCCUGCCCCGCACGAUGACUUUCUCACCUACAAAAGCCAGCUGGAAAGCCGGAAAGAACAGCUCGGUGAGGAAUGGCUUGUCGGGGUGUCCGCCCUCCGUUUGCCUGACGCUCAGAGCACUCCUUGUGGGACGCCAGGCACCUACACGUCGCAGGAUGGCAGCUUUCUGGCAGCAAGCAAGACAGCAUCAGGUGACGCUAAAGAUGCAGCCAGCGACUCUGACUCUGGACGGGCAGAAUCUCUCAAGACUGUCCUCUUCAAGGAGCCUGUCGUCAAGCAAGCUGUGGACGCUAUCGGCGAAGGAGCGAAGGACAGGUCUGCUGAAGAAGAAGGAGAGGGCCCCCAGAGACGCAUCUCGGAGCUGAGCCAAGGUGUCGAUGUGCUCGACGAGGUGCCACCAGACCCACUGGACGAGUCCGGUGCUUUGUCACCACAGGAGGGAUUCAGUUGGACUACAGCCAAGAGUGCACUGACUCCUGAGGCCACAGAUAUUAGUGAAGACAUGGACAGCAAGCUAUUUCUUGUUCAGAAAUGCAGCGACGGCAUUGAAACUUCAAUUUUUGUUGGCGUAAAAGAUGACGUGAUUAGAGAGAGUGACAGCCUCACUGGAAAGAUUAUACACCGCAUGGACCUUAAUGUACUGUCCUCUGUAUCUUUGCACGACGACACAGCGGUGAAGCUCAAGUUUGACACAAGUAUUCGCAGUAAAAAGGAGAGGUGCUAUGUUUUUGACUGCAGUGAAGAUGCAGAGGAAGUUGUGAAAAUGCUGCAGCCUUUCGUGGAGGCAAAGGCUAGAAGAGACCUUUAUUCUGAAAUGUUGCAGUGCGUAAAAUGUAAUGCACAGUUCCCGAAGCAAGCUGCGAAAAAAGUGGUUGUUUGCUCAACAAAGGACACAAUUAUGACAGAUAUGCACGUAUCGGAGAGAUGUCCUCAGUGUGGGGGUGCAAUCCUUCUAACGUUGGAUAUGCCAGAGGCUAUGGAUGCACUUUCAUAUCUUUCUGCAAGUGCUCCAGAAAACAUAAGCGAAAGUUUGACCAUCAGAAAGGCUUCCAGUUCAUCGUCUGUUGGUAAAGUAGCACAAGAUAAUGUUUCCGAAGAGAGCAUCGAGACUGUGACGCCAGACCAGCACAGCAGCCUACAUCGGCCGGGUUUCCGGAAAAGUGCGAGCGACAUCACCAUCCUAAGUAACCCCAGCCAAAGCAGCAUUAUGGUCAUUUCUACCACUUCUACACAUGACGGGGGUGCGGAAAAUGCGCGAGAGAAUGAUAAGACAAUGUCUCCGCCACCUACUGUUGUCCUUCCAACACUCAAGGAAAUUGUUGAAGAACCUAUUCUAAACAUCAGCAGGACAGACAGCAUUAGCAUCGGUCACCGGAGCAGAGCGAGUGCAUCGGACACCAUGCUCUCGGAUGCAAGCUUCAAGAGUGCCCAGAGCCAGCCCAACAUGAGCCUACAGCUUCCGGGCACCUCGGAGUCGAGCCGGUUGGAGUACUCCGACUCGGCGUGGGACUUGUUCGACAAUAGGGAGGAAUUGGGCCCCGCCUGCUUCACCUGCCCAGACCACAGUGUCCUGCUGCAUCUAGACGUCAACGUCUUUGGAAGGGACGAAACCUUAAUGUGCUGCGUGGAGGUUGACUUGGUUACGUGGUCAUCUUUAAAAGAAGUUCCAGCACUUUUGGUGAUAUCAAGUAGCAAAGCUUAUUUCUUCAAAAUCAGGAACCACAAGGAAGAGGAAGACCCCGGGUCCUGGCUUGUGCUCUGGGAGUCGCGGUGGCUUGAGAACCUCAAGGUCAUCUCGCUCCUUCUCGGCAAUCAGGGUUUCUGCCUCAGCUGGCAAGUUGAGAAAGGAAUGCUGCCAUGGUACACAUGCUUGCUUCGAGACGCCGACACGUGCAACUGCUUCCUCCAGUGUUUGACAGGUACCCUGAGAACAUCCUGGUCUUUCUCGCUUGUGCGGGGAUAA